AAAAAAAAACAGGAAAAUCAGAUUUCCAGUAAUAGAGUGAUGACAUCUGAAGACCAGAUCCAAGAAGGGACAAAACUUCUGAAACUUAAAACAAAAAUGGCUGAUAAAGAAAAUAUCAGAAGACAUACAGAAAACACUAAUACAACAAUGGAAAAGAAUUAUAUUCCCUUAAAAGCUUCUACUGAAUUAACCAAUUCUGCUACAGCAAUUGAAACACAUUAUCUUGAGGCUGAUCAUCAAACUCUGCAGUUCUUACCAAUUAACAGUGAUUCCCAAAAUCAAAAUAUGACAGUAAGCCAGGCAUUUCAUCUUUAAAAAAAUCAUAAAAAGAAACAAAUGAUUACAGAAAAACCAAAGCAAGAUGCUAACGUGUUCAAGAAACCUAUGCUAGGAUAUUAUCAUGGCCAUAUUGUUCAGUCUAAGAUUAAUUCAUUCAGAAAAUCUCUACAAGUCAAAGAUAAGAGUUUUGCAGACAAACUUUCAACUACUAUAUCUAAAGGCACAAAGCCUAACUCUAUAGACACUAGCACUGUUACAGUAAAAAGUCAUAGAGCCUCAAAUAUGACUGCUACCACUAAAUCUGAGAACACUGCAUCUUGGAACACACAACUUCUGGGGCUCCCUCCCAUUAGAAAUCACCAUAGUAACAUUCAGAACAGGGUCAAACAAGACAUUAGCAGAACCUCUGCCAGUAUUUCAGUCCAAAAGCCUACUGAAAAAGAACUAUUACAGUCAGAAACAGUUCUAUGUAAUGUCAAAUCCAACACUUCUCAGGACAUAAAAAGAAGUAAGGCAUUAUCCCAAAACAUGGCAUCUGAGACUAUUGCCUGGCCUGUGUCAUUUACUAAUACCAAAUUGAAAGAAAAGUCACAAACCAUUGACCAACGAAGACAUAUAUUAGCAAAAGCCACUGUGGAUAGAUCAGCUCAACCCAAAGAAACCGCAGAAGAGAGAAAAGCUCACCUGAGUGAGUGGAAAGCUGGCAAAGGAAGAGUGCUGAAGAGGCUUCCUAAUUCAGUCGCUACCCAGCCUGAGCCUGAGAGACAAAUUGAAAAUCCAGUGGUAUCGUUCUGGACUACCAUGGCAGAAGAGGAUGAACAAAGGCUAUUUACUGACAAAGUAAACAAGACAUUUUCUGAGUGCCUGAAUCUAAUUAAUAAGGGAUGCCCAAAAGAAAAAAUAAUGACCACACUGAAUGACCUGAUUAGAAAUAUUCCAGAUGCUCAAAAUCUUGUUAAAUAUUGGAUAUGUCUUAUAUGUAUUGAAUCAAUCACAAGUCCUAUUGAAAAUAUUAUCUCACUCUAUGAGAAGGCCGUUCUGACAGGAGCUCAGCCUAUUGAAGAGAUGCGACAGACAAUUGUGGAUAUUGUAACGAUGCAGAACCAAGAAAAAAAUAAUUGUGGAAGAAAUACUGAAGAUGAGUGUAGAACCAACGAACAAAUUCAGGAAAUCAACAUUGAAGAUACAGGUGUUAAUCUAGAGCCAGGAAAACCAGAAAUGGAGAAUAAACAUAAUGGAAAUGUGGCAUUUGAAGAUUGUGAACCACAGCAAGAAGGCAAAAGAAAAGAUCCAACUGACAGUUCUAAAACCCCUGAUACAGAAAAUAGAUCAAGUUGCUUAAUUAAAUAUAACAUAUCUACUGUGCCAUACUUGCAAAGUAUAAAAAAGAAGAUGCAACUUGAUGAAAGAAAUUCUGCAUUUAAAGAGCUAAAGUUUCUAACACUGGUGAGACAUUCUCAGCGUCUUCAAGAGAAGACUUCUAAAUUGUCAGCUAUGUUAAAAGACCAUUACCCUUGUGUGUCUUCACUGGACCAAUUAUCAGAGUUAGGAGGUGAAACUGAUGCGUUUGCGUCGCCUAAUAUAUCACUGUGCCCUAUGUAUUCUGAGACUGACACCUAA